AUGUUUCAACUAACUACCGGCAACUUUGCCGUCGAAGCCCCCAUCGAGGAACUUCAAAUCGCAAGUCGCGCCACAAAUGCAGACGAAUGGAAACUCUACCUUCGCUGGGAAUUGGCUUAUCUCUUCACCAGGGUCCGUUCUUUCGAUGAUGACCUUCUUUCCGAAAUUUUAAAAUACUCGACUCCUCAUACUGGUUCCGGUCCUCCCGAGGCUGCUGCUGCCGCCGCUCGCAGUUAUGCUAGAGACUGCAUCAGACAAUUGACAGCGCUACUCGCCGAGUCGCAUCGCGAGUUUGCCAAUGUCAUCAUUGAGAGGACGGAGCUAGGGAGAGGGUAUAAGGAUAAAGCUGCUCAAGCUAGAGGUAACCGCUCCGAACGCCCUCGAUUAGACACCAGUGAACUCUCACGCUCCCUUGUCUUCUCCCCGGAAGACGUCAAGGCCCUCUGGUACCCCCUACACUUCGCUAUCUCGGGUCGCUACUUCGACGAAGACCGUGUUUCAGACCGUUACUCCGACGUCCGCACCGUUCUCUCCCAAACAUCCGCCUGGAUCAUUCGUGAAUUCAUAAACCUCAUCCUUUUAGGCCCUACCGACCGUUCUGCAUCUGAACUCGCUGGAUGCGACAUCAUCGCCCGUUCGGCUGAAUCCGUCUCAGUAGAAUUAUCGAGAUGGCCGGAAAUCUCCUCUUCACUUCAAAAGCGCCUAGACGGUUGGCAACGCACUUUAAUCUCUGGAAAUUCUUAUCCGACAAAGGACUCCCCGCAAUCAGCCCACAUCUGGGAGAACCUGGUCAACAAGGCUUCGGUCAUGGGUCAAUCCCAACAAUCGUUCGUAGCACCUGCACCACUUCGUCCCCGUGGCAGCCAAAGUCCCACAAAACAAACUUCGUACGAGCCAAUCGCUGCUGUUCCCGGUGCUUCUGCUAUCGCUCAAACGACACACCUCCCGGAUAGAACAUCGUCCUAUAACGGCGCGCCAACGUCUAACUCCUCGAAAUACCAAAACCAAUACGAUAAACAAGUCGAGCGCCUACAAUCCCAAACAGCCGGUUUACGAACAUCGUCUGCCCCGAACCCUAAUAAUAAUACUUCAUCAUCAACAAAUGCGUACGCCUCAAAUACUUCUCGCCGUAUAGAACCCUCUUCCUCCUCCCAAAACCAAAACCAAUCGACGGCCCCGAAUAACAAUAAUGGUACACUACCAGCAGGCUUCUCCACAGAUUUAGACCCCGCGGGAUCAUCCCACACCAUUACCGCCCAAAAUACAGACCCCACGAUGCCAACGUCCUCAUCCGGCCUUCCACCAGGAUCAUCAUCAUCCGGCAACUUCGAUGACUACGUCCGCAACCAAUUCGAUCUGCAAGACAAAACAAUAGCCGACGCAGUUUCCUACUUCCAACGCGAACGCCAAAGAAUGUUCGAAGUCAAAGAAAGACUUCGAGAACUCGAAAAACAGCAAGAGUUAUUAACGGCGAAUUACAAGCGACAAAUGGAAGAUCUCGAUAGGAAGAAAAGAGACGUGUUUGAUAGAUACCAAACCGAGAAACCAGUUCCUCCGGUUAAUAUCCCUCAGGAGGUGGCGGGGGCUAUGCCGCAGCAGAGUACGGUACACUUUGACCUAGGAGAGGCGGAGAGACAUGUUACUACUACCUCUGUGCCUAUUAAUAACACUUCUUCUUCUCAUCAGGGGGCGUCGGCGGCGGCAGCAGGAGAAAACGCCGGAGCGGCGACGUUGGCGGGCCCAGGUGGUCAUGAAUACUAUGAUGACGAGGAAUGGGAAAGGGAACCUCAUCCACACCCGAGGAGCAAUAGUGGGAAAGGAGGGAAAUUACAAAAGAUGCAUCCGGAGUUCGAAGGGGGUGUAGGACCGGGAGGGAUGCCCCCUGCCGAAGUUGGGUCGCAGGGGAAAGGAAAGGCGAGAAGUCGCUUUGAAGAUGGGAAUGUUAAAAAUGGGUUCGGGGAAUUGGUUGAGGGGGUUGGGUUGUUGAGGGAGUACAAGGUGCUUGACACGGCGGAGAUUGCCGUUAGUGUCAGGGUUAUGCCUCAGAGUGACAGAAGAGGGAGCACGGGACACAAUAUUGAACGGAAUCGGAGGACGAGAAGAGAUAGCGAAAGGAACAAACCCGAUCCUGAACGAACUAGAUCGAGGAAAGAUUACGAAAAAAAGAGGACGGAUGCUAGGAGGACGAGGGAAGAUAUUGAUAGUCGAAGGAAGAGAAGAGGCGGUAGGGGUAAAUGA